AUCCUCUUCUUCCUUUCUACCCUUCUGGUUUUCUGGCGACGGAGCCGGUCCCGGAUACAGCGCUGCAGCCAUGCCUCGCAAAAUCGAAGAGAUCAAAGACUUCCUUCUCACAGCCAGAAGGAAGGAUGCCAAAUCUGUUAAGAUUAAGAAGAACAAGGACAAUGUGAAAUUCAAGGUCCGCUGCAGCAAGUACCUGUAAACUUUGGUCAUCACAGACAAAGAGAAGGCAGAGAAGCUGAAACAGUCCCUCCCCCCAGGUCUGUCAGUGAAAGAACUGAAGUCAAUAUUUUCUUGUCUCUUGUUGUUCAAUAAAAUCUGAAAAAAGAAAAAAAAA